CGAAGAAGCGCGAAGGUCUCUCUGUGUGUCUCUGUGGCAUUGCACAAGGGCGUGCGCUCGGUACGCCAUCUGUCUGUUAGCAAGGGAAGCGCGUUUAGUAAGCAGCAGCAGCAGCAGCAGGGUCACAGUGAAGUGGUGUAGAAGUGGUGCGUCACGUGCAGAAGGGCGAGCAGUGUGUGUUUGUUUGUGUGGAGAGUUUCUCGUUUCUCGCUCUCACUCUCUCUCCCUCUAUCGCUCGUACUUUAGGGGUUGGAAUAUCGCGCUCUGUGGUGGAAUUUGUAUGUGCGGUGGUGGUGCUCUCACCGUUCUCGCUCUCUCGCGCGCGUGCUGUGCGCCUACUUUGACGUGCGCUGCUAUUCCACAGUAUAAGUGUGCGUUAUUUUAGGGGUUGUUGGAAAAUCUAGCAAAACGGGAAGAGAUUGUGUGGCCGCCGUAUUCAAGCGCACGCGUGCACAUGUGUGUGCGAGAGCGCGCGCGAUUCGAUUCCCUGCCUCGGUGUGAGUGAAGAGCUGUGUGUGUGUGAGUGACGGGGGUAGAAAAUUAAAGAGAAAAAAAUAUAAUCCAAUUCAGCCUCGCAUUUGUGAGUGCGAACGGGCAGGCGAUUGAUUCCGUUCUCUUUCAUCCCUUUUGGCGCUUUUCGGGCGACGUGUUGUGUUGUGUGAUUUCCAAUGUUCCCUACCGUACACUCCCGGUAGAAGGCUUAAUACUUCAAUUAUGUACAUCAAAAUGUGCCCAUAAACUACGGUAAACCUCUCGGUUGCGCAUAUAUUAGCUCACACAUGUGUGUGUGUGCCUCUGUGUGGUUGUCUGUGAAGUGCAAUUUCAGCCGCGCCGAAUACACCCCAAGGAAUAAAUAGGGAUUACACACAGAAAGGCAAAAAGGAUUACCCAAACCAGAAACCCUCACCCCUACGAGGGUUUGUUUUUUUUUGUUUUCCAACCCUACCACGCCUGGAAUGACAAGUGCCGCCGCAAUGAUAAGCAGUGGUGGUGCCAGCGGUGGUGGUGGUGGUGGUGGCAUCAGUACCGGUGGCGUUGUUGAGGGUGGCACCACAAUCCGACCAAACCUGAAGCAUUCCCGUACGUCGAGCCUCGUGCCGGCGGACAGUAUCGGUCGGAGCAGCACACGAUCACCCCCGUCGUCGUCGUCAUCGUCAUCCAUCUCGUCGGCGAGCGGCUCGUCCACCUCGCCCGCCCUCCCGAUGGCCGGCAUGAUGAUGCACGAGCCGGAACGCAUCCGGAUGCGCGGCCAGGCCGCGGGCAGCCAGCGGCGGCGCGUCAAGGACUUCAACGACAGCAUAACUUGCACCCUCUGCAAUGGCUACCUGGUCGAGGCCACCAGCGUCAACGACUGUCUGCAUGCAUUUUGCCGAUCGUGCAUCGUGAAAUACCUCGAGUGCAACAAGUACUGUCCCCGGUGCAAAUCGUACAACAGCAAACCGAUUACGGUCGCUAAUUUAAGGCCGGAUCGAACAUUAAGGGCGCUAGUGUACAAGCUGGUGCCGGGGCUGCACAAGUCCGAAAACCAAAGAAUCGUCCAGUUCUAUGCAUCGAUUUCAAGCAACAUCGUCUCGUCGGCGGACGAUCCGGCCGGGCAGGGCACGUUCCAGCUGCUCGACGAUCAAAACUUCUUCUCACCCGACGAACCAAUCAGUUUAUCGCUGGAGUACCACUACGAUACGCUGGCGGAGCACAACGCGUCCAGUGCACAGCUGCCGAUAACCUAUCUGCAGUGCCCGGCGGCCGUCACCGUGCACCAUCUGUACAAAUUCAUCCUCACGAAGAACGGGCUGCAGGUCGGCUCGGACAACGUGCGGGUGGAGAUUAUCUACGAGGAGGAGAUACUGCCGCACGACUUUACGCUGAUGGAUGUGGCGUACUGUUUCGACUACAAGCGGAUAGCACCGAUGCGGUUUUUCUAUCGCAUUCUCAUACACCCGACCGCAAAGUUGGCACCGACCGCGAGCGCAUACCACCAUCGCGUCGAGGGACAGGACAAAAAUAGCACCAACAGCCGUACCGGGGGUAGCCCCAGCGAACCCGGCCACCCUGACAAGAGUUCCACAGGCAGCGGCAGCAGCACCAGCAGUAGCAGCAGCAGCAGCACUGCCGCUUCCUCCGCCACGCCGGUAAAAACCAACCCAUCAGCCAGCAGCGACGGUCAGCUACGGCCAAACAGUAGCAGCGCGAUCAAAACGAAAGAGCAGCCGGCUGGUCGCGCCCCGCGGGAAGCGACCGCUAAUAAUAGUGCCACAGCGAAGGCCGCCGUUAACGGCCAUCAUCAUCGUACCAAAUCGUCAACGACGGCGAGCGAUGCGAAUCGUACCGGUGGCAGUAGCAACGGCACCAAACCCUCCUCUCCGGGCAGCCAGGCAGCCGCGAGCGGUUUGAAGAUGGUGCUGAUACCUAAGGCCAAACUCGAGCCAACCGCUGGACCGGCGGAGACGCAGCGCAGCCCACCGCCACUGAAGGCAAUACAGCAGUCUGGGCCGGCGGUAAACGGUGCCGCUUCGAAGCCACCAUCAAAAGAGGGGGCCUCGGCCAAUGGCAAAGAGAAGACGAGUUCCGAGGCGGAAAAAUCGCCCACCGGCUCCAACUCAGCCCUGAAGUGCUACGUGAACCUGAAAACGCAAACCAUCGUUGGUCCGGGAUCAUCUGCCGAAGGUACAGAAGUGGGCCAAACCACGAAAACUAAUGCUCCAGCUGAGAUUCCCCGACUAAAGAUUGAUCUAAAAGGGAAGUUGAGCAUUCCACGGGAAAAGACCCCAGGUUUGAGUCCGCCGAGCAGCAGCAGCUCGUCGGCCGCCACAUCACCCUCAUCCGCCACCAGCUCCGCCGGCAAAAGCCCCGUCUGGCCGAUGGGAAAAGAAGAGUACGCGAAAACAAUCGGACUAAAGCCGGUGUAUGCCGGUAGCGUGCAGAAAGUGCCGCACGAGUCGUCCCCACGCGAUGACAGCUCGCACUCGCACCGGAAGCGCAAGAAGGGCAAACACUCCAAGGAGGCGGGCAGCAGUGGCAAGCGUCGCAAGCUGCACGCAGAAAUCUCCUCCCAGCACGACGCCAGCCUGAAGAUGAAGGUGAAGCUGACGGAGAAACCGCCCAAGCACGAGCGGCUAAAGUCUUCGGGCAAUGAGGAGGAAGCGUCACCGCAGCCCAAGUCACCGCCCGCGACCGUGCCGGAGCCGGUUCCGAGUCCACCAAAGCCGGCGAAGGUGAUUGACAUCACAAAGGACGACGAUGAGGUAAAGUUUGUGAAGGAGCAGAAGGUGGCCGUGGAGCAAAAGGUUACAGUGGAGCUGAAGAGUGCUCCCAAGAGUCCGACGGUGAACGUUCCUCCUGUUGUGGGCGCAUCCGCGCCAUCAAACGCCGCCAAGGAUAAGCUGAACGAGAUGCGCAACGUGCGCCACAAACCGAUGGUGUGCAUCCCGAACCUGGACCGUAGCCUUUCGGCCGAUCUGCCAAGUGUCGGGUCCACGAUGAGCUCGCUGCUGGAGAGUGUUGGGGCGAAGGUGCCCACGAUGAAGCCAGCUCCGGCCCUGAUUCCAACCUCAGCUGCGUCCUCGCAAGGAGUUGCUGGCAAGUCGCAACCUCGCACACCGAUGCUGUCCCGCCCAAUGCCAUCCUGCCCACCGCUGGCCUACCCGCUGGUGAGCUCCCCAGUUACAUCCUCUACUACGGGAUCAAUCCGUACGAUGGCAGCAGCUGGAGCUCCUGCUACACCACCAACACCGACCGCAAUUAAGCGUUCCAUCAGUACCGACAGCAAUGGGACAUCAGCAAAGAUCCCACGCCUCGAGCAACCUUCCCUGAUGGCCCCGGUGACCCUGGUCCCAGCGAAACAUUCCGCCCCAAUUCAGGCCCCAAUGUUCAACUUCGCCAAAGGGGCAAACCGUGCCAAAGCGGCCCAGCAAGCGGCCGGUCUUGCACCUUCAACCCAACACACCGGAUCCGACCACAUCCCGUACCGCUCCCCAAUCAGUGCGUCCUACACGAAGGAGAUCCCGUCGACGAAGAAACCCAUCCCGAACCUGCUCCUUCCACCAGCAACGGUUAGUGUUACGAAGAUGUCAGACAUUGUGUCCUCCUCGAGCUCGGCAUCCUCUCCCGCCCACGAUGGUGGCCGCCCGGCUGUCGAAAUUCUUCGCAUUCCACCGAAUGCACCGGUCGCCGAUAAGCCAACGCUGGCCCCGUUCGUAACGCCCAAAACGAGCAACAAAACGACGCGCCCUCCACCAGCCACCAUUCCACUGAUAAAGAUCAAGAAGCCGUCGGGAACUAACGAGCAAUCUACGGGAGGUAACUUCAGCCCACCCGGCAUGACACCACUCACACCACCGGGAAUGCGCCCGAAGCCCCCAGUGAGGACGUCUUCCGAGGGAUCACUGUCAGCACCGGGCAGCAACAUUCUCGAUCUUUCCGGUGGCGCGGCGGCAUCUUCCGGUCGACAACUCUCCGACGACGUGAUCAUUCUCGAUCACAGUCCAGUGAAGGGUUCGCGCAUGGUUGACCUGAACAGGGGUAAACCGAGUGUUAACUACUCCACACCUGUGAAACGUCUCCCCGAGAUGAUUAGCUUCCCAUCGUCCACGAGCGCCCCGUCAACGAUGCUGUCCCAGACUCUGCCGGGUGUACAGAAGACGCUCGCCCCACUACCGAAGCUUACCGAGAUCAAUCGCCAUCGUAGCUUAACGGUACGGCAACCGAACGCCUCCAUACGCAGCAUUCCCAAUCCAUCGGCGCUAGCGUUCCGCGGUACGCAGGCCGGCACGGCCACCAGCGUAUCAAGCUCUACCCACACUUCCUCCUCCAACUCUUCUUCAUCUUCUGCUUCGCGGCCGCUAAUGUCGGGAUUUGUCGCUCCCGGUGGGCAACAAGUCAACCGUACGAACGGUACCGCCAACAACAGCAACACCGCGACAUCGAUGACAUCUUCAUCGACAACUGUCAAAAGCAACACGUCGCUUAGCAACGGAUCACAAGCGGCAAGAGCGUUGAUGGGCAUCGGCUCCAGCAAUUCCACGCACGCCAAGACCACCAGCAGUAAUGGAAACGGCGAGCCUCCGAAACCGUCACCAAUCAAUGGAUCGUCAAAUACCAGCAACAACAACAACAACAACAACAAGGUGGCCAACGCGAACACCGGGCUUACUGCGAAGAAGACGAUCGAAAAGGUAGCGGCCGUACUGAAGGCGGCUGCUGCUGUAACCGUCGACACACCGGCACCCAGCACCAGCCCGAAGGAUGACGGCCGAAGCAAAUCGCCAAGAAAGGAAGACUUCAGCGCCGCAUCGUCGAGUGUUGCCUCAGCGUCGACGGCGACUACCACCACCACCGCUGUCGAUUCGCUGUCAAUGGCAGGGGCGGUAGCGGCUGUAAGUCGUGUCAGUAACAAAACAGCCCACGCCGAUAGUAUCGUCACGAGUGGCACCGUCACCGCGCCGUCGUCCAUUGCAAGCGUGACCGGGGCGGCGGGUGGCAGCUCCAGAAACAGCCCGGCCAGCAUAGUGAACGUGGGAUAGGAAGGUGCGUAAUGAGAUGUAGAAAAAGGCGCUACAUUGGUGAGUGGGUAAAAGCGGGGUUAUGGUUUAGUUUUUGGGGUCAGAUUUUCCUGAAGUGAGUGACGAAGUCUUGGGAUCAGAGUUCAAUGAGUUCUUGCUUGAAGGACAUUAAAUUAAUAGUAAUGUUCGUCACAUUCUGCAAUAUCUUAUAGCCAUACAGCCAUAUACUUUUUAGAACCCUUUCUCUUACCAUUAUAAUAGCCAGCAGUAACUAGAUUUUCUUACGUACAGUACCCAUCAUGUCACAAUUUGCUUAAUACCUAUACACUUAAAGUCUACACUUUCUUUUACACGUCGCUCGUAGAGCAUUAGUGUCCAGUAUAGCCUAUAAAUUUGUGUAGCGAAGUAGAAUACAAUACUUAUUUCACAAACGUGUAUGCCAGAGACGGGAGUCCUUCUUUUGGGAGAGCUGCAUAUAACACCUCCAUUAUCCCCAAGCGACACUGUGCGAGUAGCAUCAGUGGCGCUUUUUACUACAAACACUAAGAGAAGGAUCACUUGCUCCACCAACAACAAGAAAAACAAGUAGAGCAGGGAAAUUCAUUUAAAAAUGAUACCAACGGUACCGUACUGUACGGUGGUGUAGCAUAAAUUGUUGCCAAAGUGAAACCUCCGAUAGAACAAAGGAACAACGGCAAACAAUGUGUGGAGCGGGUCUGCUAACAACAAGAGCAGCUAUCGGAAUAGGAGGGAAAAACGUGCUCGCAGGAACGGGAGUAGGUGUUUAAUUUGCACCCCCCACCAAGAGUCGGGGGUCGGGUGCAAAGAAGACGAUGCUGGCUCUGCCUGCCUUUGCAUACGUGUAAAUAUACAACAGCGAAGCGAACACAGGGAAGCAUAAUAAACAAACCGCUCCGAGACGCAGCUUAAGGGCGUGUGCAUCGUAAAACGAGAGGCCGCGAGAGUGUUUGUGUGUGUGUACUGCAGUACUACUGGUACUGUUGCAAUUUAUGUUUAUCUCGCGUUUGUCUACCUUUUAUUUUGGAGCAAUUUGUGUCCCCAGAUGUAGAGAAAGUACCCCCAUGAAAGGUACAUACAAUUUUACUGUGAAUAUUUAAUCUACGUAUUAAGUGAUUGGUUCAUUUCUUUUUUUUAAAUGGAAAGUUUUUAAAACUAACCGUUUGGAGGGAACAUAAACAGUACACAUUCUGGUAGAAUUAAUUACAGACGCUUAUGAAAAAAGAGCAAAAGAAAAGAUAUGAGAUAAAAUGAAACAGAUUAAAUGCAAAUAGAAUAGAGAGAGGCAAAAAAUAGCGGAAUAUCUGAUUAAUGUACGAACAACAACAAAACAACUGAAAAGAAAAACAGAGAGAGACAGUAUAGAAGCAAAGCAAAAAAAAAGCAAAUAAUAUUCAGUGAGAGAAAAGAAAGAAAAGAAACAUUAACAACGGCCAACUCGAUGGGGAAACACAUCAUCAGACACUCUAGUUUGAUGAACGUUCAUGCCUCCGUUCGGCGACGGCGCGACGCCACGCUGCCGAGUAUUGUGCCAAAGAUGCGGCCUCCGUGGCGUGCAGUAUUUGCGCACGCAGGGGGGGAAACGCGGGCAAAGAUAGAUUGAUAAUUGAAGCAAAUGGAAAAAUUAUUAACCCUUCUCUUUCUCCCCCCUUUCGCCACGGACUGGGCUAGAUGCCGCUCCGUUUUCACUUAACCCCGAGCGAGCACCCAGCAUCAUCAUCAUUCUGGUGAUUGGUGAUAUCGAGCCUGGGUGAAAGGGUGGCUAGCUAUGAAGGAAGAAGAAUUUCAUUUAUUGUAAAUGCAUUCUUCAACCUUAACGAACCUGCAUAGCUGGCAGUGCUGGGUUCGAAUCGGGUCACAUGGAACGAGGGAAAACAUAACCAUUGCGAGUCUCUCUCUCUCAUGUGUGUGAGGAAGAAAAUCACUUCUUCAACGCGAGUGACUUCCUUUCUUCAUUUGAUUAUCGGGAGGGCUACACAGGGGUCCGGUUUUGUGCUGGUGGGCUAAAUAAAACCAUACUUGUAAAUUGGGUGUAAGUGUAGGGGAACACUGGAAGUGAUGUUCAGAGUUGGUGCAACAUUUAGUGUAGAUUUCUUUGUAAAAUGUUAUUAUUUGUCGAAAAAAUACGUUUGAUGGGUUUAAAUAGUAUGAUUGUUUAAUUUAUUCUGCACUAGAUCAUAAAACCAGGUAAAAGGGAACUCGUUACGUAACAAUUCGUUGUGUUUAAGUUGUUUUUAAGUUUGUCUUCCUAUUGAUCGUAAUGAGUUAGUUUAUGUUUUUGCUUUUAAAUUAAUAAAAAUGUAACAAGUUCAUUUAAGUUAUUAAAUUUCUUAUCCAAUUCAACACACUGCAAUAUUAGUCAAAACAAAAUGGAGGCUAGUGUGCUUGUAUUUUAGUGCAAUAAUAUGAAUUGAAAACAUAAGCUAGGAGGCGAUACAGAGCAGGCGAGCAACUAUGAUAACACAGAUAUUAUGAUAUUCACUCAGGGUAGGUAGAAACCGUCGGUGGCGACCACCGCCAUCCAGUAUGAUGUAGUUGAAUGUGAAGCUAAGUAGAUGAAUAGCAGCAACAGGCUAAAAGAAUGGAUGAUAUUCUAGAGAGAAAAUCGAGGAAAAAUGGGAAAAGUUUGAUGUGUAAAUUAGUGAGACAAAAAGGACAGAGAGUCACCUAGGAACGGUCCUUGAAUGAAAGGCGUAAGAAUGGUAGCAGCAGCAGAAUUACCAUUAUCAAACCAUUACAACAAUGUAGCAAACAGUGUAUGUGUGUGUAUAUGUGUGCAAAACAAAUAGUCACAGAACACAGGCACCCCAUAGUUAAGGCACCAAGGCACCAACAAAUAAACCCUGCUGGUGCCGUGUAGUGUAAAAUGUAAUCUGACCACUAGCACACCUAGAGACAUGGCGCACCUGUACUCACCAAACGUACCAAUGUACCGGCGUAUAUAUGAAUAAUAAACAUCAAAAGGAAGAUACGAUAAUCAAUAUUUAAACGUACAUACCGAA